CUUGAUUUAAGUACCGUACAACCACCCUUCUCCGCAUUGACCUUAGUCUGAGUCUUAGUCGAUGGGCAACAACUGCAGCAGCAACAGCACUUACUCGCACGACCCUCCCCACCGCCACAACGGCAUAGCCGUCCUCCCUCCGAACUCCACCCCCUCCCCCCCUCCUCCAGCGCCCUCUUCCCUGGGCCGCGUGCUGGGCCGCCCCAUGGAGGACGUCCGCUCCAUGUACGUCUUCGGGCCCGAGCUGGGCCGCGGACAGUUCGGCGUGACGUAUCUGGUGACGCACAAGGCGACGAAGGAGCAAUUCGCGUGCAAGUCAAUCGCCACGCGGAAGCUGCUGAACCGCGACGACAUCGAGGACAUCCGGCGCGAGGUCCAAAUCAUGCACCACCUCACCGGCCACCGCAACAUCGUCGAGCUCAAGGGCGCCUACGAGGACCGCCACUCCGUCAACCUCGUCAUGGAGCUCUGCGCCGGCGGCGAGCUCUUCGACCGCAUCAUCGCCAAGGGUCACUACUCCGAACGCGCCGCCGCCAACUCCUGCCGUCAGAUCGUCACCGUCGUCCACAAUUGCCACUCCAUGGGCGUCAUGCACAGAGACUUGAAACCUGAAAACUUCCUGUUGCUCAGUAACAAGGACGAUUCUCCUCUCAAGGCCACGGAUUUUGGCCUCUCUGUCUUCUUCAAACCAGGAGAUGUGUUUAGAGAUCUUGUUGGGAGUGCUUACUAUGUUGCUCCGGAGGUGCUGAGAAGAAGUUAUGGGCCUGAAGCUGAUAUUUGGAGCGCUGGGGUGAUAUUGUACAUUCUGCUUUCUGGUGUUCCACCUUUCUGGGCAGAAAAUGAACAGGGUAUCUUUGAUGCCAUUCUUCGUGGGCAUAUUGAUUUUGCAUCGGAUCCUUGGCCUUCCAUAUCAAGUAGUGCCAAAGAUCUGGUCAAGAAGAUGCUGCGAGCUGAUCCUAAAGAACGGCUUUCAGCAGUUGAAGUACUUAAUCAUCCUUGGAUGAGAGUAGAUGGAGAUGCAUCUGAUAAGCCUCUUGAUAUUGCUGUUUUAUCCAGAAUGAAACAAUUCCGGGCAAUGAACAAGCUAAAAAAAGUAGCCCUGAAGGUUAUUGCUGAAAACCUUUCUGAAGAAGAAAUUAUUGGCUUGAAGGAAAUGUUCAAAUCCAUGGAUACAGAUAACAGUGGAACAAUCACAUUUGAAGAGUUGAAAGCUGGUCUCCCAAAAUUGGGUAGUAAACUUUCUGAGUCUGAAGUAAGGCAGUUAAUGGAAGCGGCUGAUGUGGAUGGAAAUGGAACCAUUGAUUACAUUGAAUUUAUAACUGCUACCAUGCACAUGAAUAGAAUGGAAAGAGAGGAUCACCUAUAUAAAGCUUUUGAAUAUUUUGACAACGAUAAGAGCGGGUACAUCACAGUGGAGGAGUUGGAAUCUGCCCUUAAGAAGUAUAAUAUGGGUGAUGAGAAAACAAUAAGGGAGAUCAUUGCCGAAGUUGAUACAGACAAUGAUGGAAGAAUUAACUAUGAUGAGUUUGUAGCCAUGAUGAGGAAAGGCAACCCAGACGUAACUCACAAAACCCACCGACGUCUCAAAUAGGCUCUGCAGGAAUUGCCUGCUUUGUUGGCUUGAGUCUCUACACGUUUUAGUAUUACGGCCUUCUAUUUGAUUGGGCACUUACAUCAUAUUUGAAGGUCUAGUUAGACGAGUUUUUCUCUAUUGCUUGAGCAGACAUGAAUGUGUAUUGUGUACAAAUCAAAGAAAAACAGAUCAACCUUUUUUUCUCUCGUGAAGCAAAAAAAUAAAAGGAAAAAGAAAAGAUUUUAUUCA